AUGGCGGCCAAUGCUGCAACGACGCUGAGUUAUUUUGUCUUGCCUUUAACAACGAGUCGUAUAUACAGCACUAGCGAAUGUCAGGACAUCAGCAAACAAGACACUGCUUCCCAACAAGAUCUGCACAUUUCUCCAGUCUGCUGCAUCAAUGGUAGAGAUUGUGAAGAGGGUAAGAGUACCACACGAUGGAGGAAUGCAUCACGGGGUCCAAUGACAUCUCACCGUCAACUCUGGACCAACAAGUACCGUCCAGCGCGUCGUCUGGCCGCCAAUGCACGAGAGAGACGCCGAAUGGAUAGCAUCAACAACGCAUUCGAUCUUCUCCGUCAAAAGGUGCCUUCUGGUCGACGUAAACUCUCAAAGUAUGACACUCUUCUUAUGGCACUUAAUUACAUAAAUGAACUGCAGAACAUACUUGAUGAUAACGAGACAAGUGAAACUACUUGUAUCACCAACGAUAUCUCUCCAGCAUGUACAUCUGAUUCUUCAGAAUAA